AACCUCCGGCUAGAUCCCCCUCCGCCGCUGAGCCUCCUCGUGUGUCAUUUCACCUGCCUCAUUCGAGACGCCGGACGCGGACACAGUUGGGACCUUUCGUAGACUAGUUACCGCUCUCUGACUAUCUUGAACCGCGAAAGCAACCCGGUUUCGAAACGAAGAAACAGCAACUUCGAUAUUGACACAGAACAAGACAGAGGUGAUAACCGUAUCCAGAAAAAUAAUCUCCUCGAAUAUAUUUUGGUCAAGAAAAGAUGGAUUCGUCUACCUUCCUGUUGCUCGCUGUGGCGGUUCUUGGGAUGCUAUGGCAAGCGCAAGGCUUGGGGACGGUGAGCGGCCUCUACGGAGAGACGGUGGUUGUGCCGUGCAACGAAGGCGCCCCGCCACCAGAGGGCCUGAUGUUCAUCAAAUGGAAAUACGAGCGGGACGAUGGGACCUCUGGGGACCUGCUGGUCAAGCAGGCCCACAAGCAGGAGGCCACGGUGCAGGCAGAGAGCGACUACGCUGAGCGGGUGGCCAUCGCCGCCAACUCCAGCCUUCUGAUCAGUGGGGCAUCCCUGGCGGACCGGAGGGUCUUCACCUGCAUGAUGGUGUCCACAAGUAACCUUCUGGAGUACCCUGUGACUGUGGAAAUCUACAAGAGGCCGUCUGCUCCGGAGAUCAUCGACAAGGCCAAGAUGUUGGACAGGGGCAAGGCAGCGGUGAUUGGCACAUGCGUCGGGAAAGACGCCCACCCUGCAGCAGAGCUUACAUGGACGCGGAACGGAAAGCCCCUGAUUGCUGAUGGGAAAGCGGUGGUGAUCAGCUCCAGCGUGAAGAUGGAGCCCGCCACGCGGCUCUCCACCACCUUCUCCACCCUGCAGUACACCGCCACCAAGCAGGACGCCGACGCCGCCUUCGCCUGCUCCGCCGCCCACCCCCUGGGAGCUCAGGUGUCCGCGCCAGAGAUGUUCCCUAUCCACUACCCCACAGAGAAUCUGAGCCUGCAGGUUCUCUCCAUGGGGCCCAUCGUUGAGGGGGAAAACGUGACGCUGAAAUGUCAGGCGGACGGAAACCCUCCACCAGUCAGCUUCAACUUCCACCUCAAGGGUGUCCAGGUCCCCGUGGUGGGCUCCAACACCUACACCUUGGCCGCCAUCACAAGAGACGCCGCAGGCGAAUACAAGUGCUCGCUGGCGGACAACGCUAGCAUUGAGGACGCGCAUGCUAUCGAAGUGAACUACCUGGACCUGAGCCUAAGUCCCACGGGGAAAGUGCUGAAGAAGAUUGGCGACAAACUGAAUGUCACCAUGGAGAAGAACACUUCUGGCCACGCAAAGGUCUCGUGGACCAAGGACGGCAAAGCAGCCAAAGCGCCGGCGUUCGAGCGGCUGACGUACGCGGACGCGGGCGUCUAUGUGUGUGAGGUCGCCACGGGGACGCUGAAGCGCAGCCUCAACUUCCAGCUGGUGGUGGAAGGUGUGCCCGAGAUCACCAGCCUGACCAAGCAGAGAGCGGACAGCCACAAGGUGCUCACCUGUGAAGCCCUGGGGGUACCGGAGCCCAGCUUCCAGUGGAGCGUCAACGGCACAGAGGUGGAGAGCAGCUACGCCAACGCCAAGGCCACCCACAGGAUCAGGGUGGAGCCCGCCGCCAACCUCACCGUCACCUGCAGCGUGAGCAACAAGCUGGGCGAGGACGCCCGCACCAUCACCGUCUCCUCACUCAUUAAGGAGAAGACCCAGGAGAAAGGGGUUGGGGAUGAAGGUUAUGACCAGUCCAAGUUGAUCGUGGGGGUGGUGGUGGGUCUCCUCGUGCUUGCAGCCUUGGUGGGCAUCAUCUACUGGAUCUACAUGAAGAAGAGGCAAGGGACCUGGAAUACCAACGAGAAGGAGGUCGGCACGUCUGAGGAGAGCAAGAAGCUGGAAGAGACCACCAACAACCACAGCAACCCUUAGAUGAUGGAUGCCACCGCCCUCAGGGACAGACCAGAGAACGUGGUCGAGAGACACCAUAGCAAGUUUCCAAAAUGAAGACUCCCUCACCCUCACUGGCUGCCGUAGACGCCCAUCAUCAGCCUGAACGCCAGCAGCGGCCAAUGAUAACACAGCAACGCUACACUAAGCCCCGACCACUUCAGACCUGCUGUUGGAUCCCCUAACCACUUCCCCCCCUCCACCCCCGCCAUCACUACUCCCCCGGCCUCUCUCUGUGUAAAGGUCUGCACUGUGGCUGCCCUCCAUGUGUAUUCCUGUAAAGUUAUGUUCCUGUGUUCCUGGUGAAUGCUUUUGUUUGUGUUUAAUUUUCAGUUCUGUCAUUAUUUCGAGGUCACGUUGCUUGCAAACAGAGAGUAUUUGUUAUUUUCUUCUUCCCCCUUCAAAGAAUGUACAUUUUCUUGUUUUGUUUUUCUUGUUGGUUUUGUAAGGGCCCCUGUGUACCAAAGCCUAAUAAUUUGUGUGAUUUGGGAUAAGCAUGCAUAUUUUGUUCUUUUGCGUCUUUUUUGUGUGGAUUAAAGGAAUAAUAUGAAUCUGAUUGUGGAGAGAUGAACCACAGUGUCACUGCUGUUCUCUAAAGUGUGUAGGCUGUGGAACGUCAGUCAAUCAUCCCCGUUCAGUCCUUCUAGGGGGAUAACCGGGAGGACAUGCUAUCAACUAACCUCCUCCCCUCUCCCCUUAAUCCCUCUUCAUCUGACAUGGUUUUGUUCAAAACUCUUUCAAAAUGUAACGUGUCGUGCAGCAGUUGUAUUCAAAGCACAUCGGACUCACCUUCCGAUGCAAUUUAGAAACGAGCUGAAGGGUUUGACAAUGGAUUGCACUAUUGGGAUUGAAUACUACAAAGUACUCAGUGCCAAUCACGAGCCAUUGGCAGUGACAGGCCCGGGAGGCCCGGUUCUUUUUGCCUUGUAUGUAAAUGGCAUCGGUCGCACUCGUGUCGGUGUGUUAACGCGCACAGGGGCCCAGAGAUGGAGCGUCACAAUGGACCUGUGCACCAAUUACUUGUUGCACCGUUGUGCAUUUGCUAUUGCCGCUUCGCUUUUUUCUUCACUUUACUUUCCUUUUUACUCCGAGGGUUUAAAUGUGAAAAGGACAAAAUGUAAAAAAAAAAACAC